CAUAACUUUGAAAAUGAUAGACCUUUGUAUGAAUCGACUGACUAUAUCCUAAAUAAUGAAAAUAAAGUUUACAAAGAUGAUCAAUCCAAAGAAGCUCUAUCUCAAAAUGAUCCUGAUCUUGCUUCUAACUCUAUUUAUUGA